AUGGUAGGCGACUCGCCCGUCGCCGUCUCCGAGACACCGAAGAGGGAGACGGAGGCGACCGAGAAGAAUGAAAAGGAUGAGACAGAAGAGGAGGAGCUGAAGGAGAGGAAGGGGAAGAAGCCGGCGGUGGCGUACUGGCGGCUCUUCUCCUACGCGGACCGUACGGACGUGGCGCUCAUGGCGGUCGGCACGCUCGGCGCCGUGCUUCACGGCGCCGCGCUGCCGAUCUCGUUCCUGUUCCUGGGGAAAAUGGUGGACUCGUUCGGCACGAACGACCUAUCCGGCGUGAAUACGUUUGUCCUCGCUAUGGUCUACAUCGCUUUAUGCUGCUUGGUUGGCGGAUGGCUAGAGGUGGCGUGCUGGAUGCACACGGGCGAGCGGCAGAGUGCGCGGGUGCGCCGGCUGUACCUGCAGGCGCUGCUGCGGCAGGAGGUGGCCUUUUUUGACCUCGAGGCGUGCUCGGGGGAGUUGGUGAACCGCGUAUCAUCUGAUGUGCUGCUGCUGCAAGAUGCCAUCUCGGAGAAGGUGGGCAACUGCAUUCACUACUUCUCCACGUUCGUGUGUGGCUUCAUAGUCGGCUUCACCAGCGUGUGGCAGCUGGCUCUGGUCAUUCUCGCCGUGUGCCCGCUCAUCAUCGCCACGGGAGGGAUCUAUGCGGCUGUGCUCACGGGCCUCAUGACUCAGGGAGAGAAGGCUUACACCGAAGCAGGGAAGAUUGCUGAACAGGCGGUGGGGCAGGUGCGAACAGUGCAGUCGUACGUGGCAGAGGACAGGACAGUGGAGGCAUAUGGGCGGGCUUUAAGAGACACGUUCAAGCUGGGAGUCAAGGGCGGAUUAGCCAAGGGAGUGGGCCUAGGCGCAAUCUACGGACUCAUGUUCGCGUCCUUUGCGCUCAUGUUCUGGUUCUCCGGCCUUCUCAUCGCACAAGGCAUCGGCAACGGAGGCUCAAUCCUCACCACCAUGUUCGCCAUCGCCCUUGGCAGCCUGGGGCUCGGCCAAGCCCUCCCUAACGUCACAGCCUUUUCCAAGGGCUGUGUGGCAGCGUAUAAGAUCUUUGUGACUAUAGCGAGACGGCCGGUGAUUGGCGGGGAGGAGGAGGGGGGGAGCGGUGGGAAGGAGUUGGAGGCGGUGGAGGGGCGGGUGGAGUUUGAGAAGGUGUGCUUUGCAUACCCGGCUCGGCCUGAAGUGCCGAUAUUUAAGGACUUCUCCCUCUCGAUCCCUGUUGGCACCACGGUCGCCCUGGUCGGCCCAUCAGGCAGCGGCAAGUCAACCGUCGUGGCGCUCAUCCAGCGCUUCUACGACCCGACAGCUGGCAGCGUUUCAUUGGACGGCACGGAUCUGCGCCAGCUCAGCCUGACGUGGCUGCGCUCCCAGCUGGGGCUUGUCAGCCAGGAGCCGUCCCUGUUUGCUACCAGCAUUCUGGAGAACAUUCGGUACGGCAAGGAGGACGCGACACAGGAGGAGGUGGAGGAAGCAGCAAGGAUCGCCAACGCGCAUUCCUUUGUGACUGCGCUACCGCAAGGGUACAACACACAGGUUAGGGAUGGAGGUGGGAGAGAGGGGCGUGCAGCUGGCAGGAGGGCAGAAGCAGCGCCAGAGCAGUCACGCAAGUACCCAUCCCGUUAUCCUUGUCUUUGCCCCCUUGCAAAUCUGCAGGUGGGAGAGAGGGGCGUGCAGCUGUCAGGAGGGCAGAAGCAGCGCAUCGCCAUCGCCAGAGCAGUCGUUCGCAACCCCCGCGUGCUGCUAUUGGACGAGGCCACGUCAGCACUGGACAGCGAAUCAGAGCGCGUGGUGCAGGCGGCUCUGGACGGUGGGCUGAUGCGUGGCAGAUCAACGGUUGUGAUCGCACACCGGCUGUCCACGAUCCGGAAUGCAGACAAGAUUGCUGUGGUGGCCGGGGGAAGGGUGGUGGAGGAGGGGACACACGAAGAGCUGAUGGCGCAUGGGGGGGCGGAGGAGUGGGGAGGGGGAGGGGAGGAUGAUGAGGGGAGGGGUGUGGUUAGUGCAAAGGAAGGUGCGAGGAAAGAGGGGGGCGUGUAUGCUAACUUGGUUCGCCUGCAGAUGGUAGCUGGGGAGGAUCGCUACGUAAGCCUGAAUGCUCUGGCCAAUCAGGUUCCAGGAUUGAAAGCAGCCGGCCGCCUUCGAAUUGACGUGAACCAAUCAGGAUACGAGGAGGACGUGGGUAGGAAGAUCUCGAGGGCGCUCUCAGCAUCCUCCACGCCACGUGGGUUCAGAGAUCCUGCUGCUGACGUGGGCCAAUCAGGGAGCAUAGAGAACGUGGGAAGUAAGCUCUCGAGGGCACUGAGUUCCCUGUCAGCAGCCUCCACUCCACGUGGCUUCAGAGAGCCUGCUGCUGACGUGGACCAAUUAAGGAGCAUAGAGAACGUGGGAAGGAAGAUCACCAGGGCGCUUAGCUCCCUCUCAGGAGCCUCCACUCCACGUGGCUUCAGAGAGCCUGCUGCUGACGUGGACCAAUCAGGGAGCAUGGAGGACGUCGGAAGGAAGAUCUCCAGGGCGCUGAGCUCCCUGUCAGCAGCCUCCACUCCACGUGGCUUCAGAGAACCUGCUGCUGACGUGGACUUUGACUUGGAUCUAAUGGGAUCUGACGUGGAGGAGGAAGAGGAGGAGGGAGGAGAAGGGGGAGGAGGGAAGCGAGUGUGGGGGGAACUGAGGAAGGUUCUACCAGCUCCCCUGAGGGCGUUGCUCCCUGGCGGCAAAAAGAGAGGAGAUGACAAGGGGGAAAACAGUCAGGAGGGCAAGGAGAGUGGAGAGGAGGAGGAGGGCGCGAAGGGAGAAGGAGAAGGAGAAGGGGAAGUAGAAGGAGAAGGAGUGGGGGGAAAGAAGGCGUCGUGGUGGCGACUAGCGCGUAUGAGUGCUCCUGAGUGGCCCUUCACUGCUCUGGGCGCGGCUGGUGCUGUCAUGGCAGGCGCGUUCAACCCCGUGUAUGCGCUUCUGCUCAUUGAUGUGACUGGUGCUGUGAUGGCAGGGGCGUUCAAGCCGGUGUAUGCGCUUCUGCUCAUUGAUCUCUGUAAGACCCACAACAUAGACUAUGACACGGACGAUGGGGACUUACACUUCACUGCUCCUUCCUAUCACAUUCUGCCAUCUCCACACCCCCCCCCCCAUCUCGACCACUCCUCUUCCCUCCUUCAGCUGGUUGCGGCUCUCUACAACCCUGUUACCGAUGAGAUGAAGCGGGCCAUAGUCUUCACUACUCCACCCACAUUGUGCCAUCCCCCUCCCAUCCCCAACCGCACUGCAGCGGCUCUCUACAACCCUGAUACCGAUGAGAUGAAGCGGGCCAUAGUCUUCACUACUCCACCCACAUUGUGCCAUCCCCCUCCCAUCCCCAACCGCACUGCAGCGGCUCUCUACAACCCUGAUACCGAUGAGAUGAAGCGGGAGGUCAACAAGUGGGCCAUAGUCUUCACGGCUCUCGGCGUGCUGGCGCUGCCAGUGCACUCGGUGCAGAACUACGGCUUUGGCGUGUCGGGAGAGGCGCUGGUGAAGCGAGUCAGAGAGAAGAUGCUUGCAGCCAUCCUAGGCAACGAGGUGGCAUGGUUCGAUCGGGACGCCAACGCCAGCGGCGCCAUCGCCUCUCGUCUCGCCACAGACGCCACGCUAGUCAAAGCGGCCGUGGCGGACCGCAUUGCCCUUGCCACGCAGAACCUGUCGGUGAUUGUCAUCGCGUUUGUCAUCGGGUUCGUGGUGGAGUGGCGGGUUGCGCUCGUGGUGAUUGCAACGUUCCCGCUGCUCAUAUUUGCGGCACUCAUGGAGCAACAAUUCCUGGCAGGGUUUGCGGGCAACCAGAACUCAUCGCAUGCGGGCGCCACCACCAUAGCAGCAGAGGCGGUAGCCAACAUCCGCACUGUAGCAGCAUUCAACGCACAGGACAAAAUCCUCGCACUGUUCACUGCCAGGCUGGCAGGACCCCUCAGGCGCUCAUUCCUUCGCGGGCAGGUUGGUGGGGCAGGUUUCGGCCUGAGCCAAUUUUUCAUGUAUGGGUCGUAUGCGUUAGCACUAUGGUACGGGUCGACUUUAAUUCCCAAUACAGCGUCAUAUGGUGAUGUGCUUAAGUCAUUUAUGGUGCUUAUAAUGACGUCGAUGGCUAUAGCUGAGAGCAUUACUCUCGCUCCGGAUAUUGCGAAAGGAAGCGUGGCCGUUCGAUCGGUCUUCAAGACCACAGAUCGGACGCCCAAGAUUCUUUCUGACGAUCCGACGGCUGAGGUGGUUUCGACUGUUCGCGGAGAGAUUGAGUUUCGAUCGGUUUCUUUCGCCUACCCGGCCCGCCCGGAAACGCCCGUGCUGCAAGACCUUUCUCUCCGGGCAGCGCCGGGGAAGAUGCUGGCGCUGGUGGGCCCGUCGGGCAGCGGAAAAAGUUCCGUGGUGGCUCUGGUGGAGCGGUUCUACGAUCCGACGGCUGGGAGUGUGCGGGUGGAUGGGGAGGACAUCCGGACCGUUCAUCUGAAGACUCUGCGAUCUUUCAUCGGGCUGGUCAGCCAAGAACCCGCCCUCUUUGCUACCACCAUCCGCGGCAACAUCCUGUACGGCCAGCCAGGCGCCAGCGAGGCCGAGGUGGUGGAAGCAGCACAAGCAGCCAACGUGCAUGGGUUCAUCAGCAGUCUGCCCGAGGGAUACGACACGCAGGUGGGAGAGAGGGGCGUGCAGCUGUCAGGAGGGCAGAAGCAGCGCAUUGCCAUCGCCAGAGCCAUCCUGAAAGACCCGGCAGUGCUGCUGCUGGAUGAGGCCACGUCAGCAUUGGAUGCGGAGUCUGAGGUGGCGGUCCAGUCAGCGCUGAACCGCAUCAUGAUUGGCCGCACCACGAUUGUCGUCGCGCACCGCCUCUCCACCAUCUGCCACGCGGACUGCAUUGCUGUGCUGCAGGGUGGGAGGCUGGUGGAGCAGGGCACUCACAUGGAGCUCAUAAGUGUACCCAAUGGUGCUUAUGCCACUUUAGUGCAGUUGCAACAAAGGAAUAAGGUCGCCAUGUGA